AAAAUGAUCAUUUGAAUACACGAGUAUAUCUGGAUGACUUUGGAUUCGCGGUUUGACUUAAUUCUUUACGAUGUAUGAAGAAAUAACGCGUAAGAAUGUGGUUGCCAGUCAUUCCGACUAUUAUCCGAUUUUUUAUCAUUACAUCAAUACUUAUUGCGUAUAUACAGCUUUACUCGCUUGUCUAAGUCGCUUGUAUAAAUGCGUAUACGCGUUACGUACGUUUUAUAACGUAGAAUUAAGAGCGCGUUUAUUCUUAAUAAACAUUUACAAUCUUUUACCCAGCGUUUUUACAAUCUAAAAUCUGAUAAUGACUAGGUCGUAUAACGACUGAGACUACAUUUUGCAUCAUUCGUACAGGCUUUAUUGAAAGAUAAGACCCUUAAUUAAUUCUCAUCAGGCGUCGCGCGCGUGUGCGCGCGCGCGCGCGCGCUGAAAGCUGAAAGGACGAGUUUUCAGGCGUUCCGCGCUCGCGUCGCAUAAUAUUGUAUAUUGUAUAUUGUUUAUUGUAUAUUGUAUAUUGGUUCAAGUCGUCUAAGUCAUAUUCCUUGAGAGGUAGAGGUCAUGUAUGUGUAUUGUCUGUUUAUACUAAUAAUGUUUAUGCAUAUCGCUGUUAUCGUUAGUAGCUCCAACUAGCCAUUACUAGCGAGCAAAUUGGAAUGCCUGCGAAUUUCAAUCGUCGCUUCGUCGCUAGCUAUGCAGCACACACGUAUGUUCCUUACGCGCAUGCCAUAAUUAAUUAAGUUUUAUACUAAUGUGCAACCUACGAAAUUUUACAAAUUGAAUAAGAUCGCGAAUAACGUACGUAAACCCGGGGGAAAAUAAGUGAACGGAGAGAAAGUGUGCGCCAUCAAGGUCGCGAGCCGCGCAGUACGCGUAUACAUCGCUAGUUGCCGUACAUACAAUAAUCGUACAUUGCACAUUGACAUACAUACUCGAUACUUACCGCAUCGCGUCGCGCUAACGUUCCAUUUGUACGGGGUUUUGCCCUGUUUCUAUUGUAUAUAAAAAUCGACUAGAAAUUUAAUUGCCGUUUCUGCCUUUACGAUAAAAUUCCGCCUGGACGGAAAUUAUGAUCGGAAAAACGAGGGGUUUGUAUAAUACAUAUAUGUAUAUAUAUAUAUAUAUAUAUAUAUAUAUAUAUAUAUAUACACAUGUAUUAUAGAGACCACGUAUUUUAUUAGCAAUGGUAAUCGAAGGCUCGCUCGAAUAAAUGGAUUCGAGCUUCGAGAUUCAUCCUGACGGAUGGAUAUUAAAAACGAAUGCGAGAAACAAACGUUUUUUUUUUUUUUUCUUGUAAACUUGGUAUAUUUAUCUUUAUUACCUAUUAUCUCGAUUCUUAUCCUUUUAGUCAGAGUUUGGUACCGUUGCACAAUCGCGCCAUUUUACCUCGACAUGGCGCGAACGCGUUUUUGCGCUAUAACAAUUCCCGCUAGAGAAUUAAUUAAGUAAGUUUCCUUGAAUUAUAUAUACGUGCAAUUAAGUUAUCUCGAGGUGCGAAUAAAGUAUUCUCACGAUUCUCAGAGAGUUUAAAUUGCCGUCGACAAACAAUUGCUGCAUCUGGAUCGCUAGUCGCGUGAUGGCGAUUUGAUUAAUUAUAUUAUAUAAAUGUAGCUGCAAUAUUUUAUAACGCGCGCGCGCGCGCGCGCGAUGGCGAAUACUCUUAAUUCUUUCCUAAAGAGAGCUACAAAGUUUUGAAGAGGAUCACUGCGCAUUAUCGAGGCGGCGGCGGCGGCGUGGCGCGGCGUGGCGUGGCGUGGCGCGGCGCGGCGUGGCGUGGCGUGCGGCGACGACGAUAUGGCGAGCAAAUAUAGCCGUUUGUGGAAAGCGUUGUCGCGAAGGCGCGUAGAGGAAGAGAAUAAAGACGAUGUCGCGAAGGACGAACGAUUGGCGCGGGUCCUCGGUCUGUUCGAUCUGACUGCACUCGGCGUGGGUGCGACUCUCGGCUUAGGCGUCUACGUCCUUGCUGGAAGCGUGGCCAAAGAGACGGCUGGACCCGCCGUUUCCAUCUCUUUCCUCAUAGCCGCUGUCGCGUCUGCUUUCGCGGGCAUGUGCUACGCGGAAUUCGCGUCAAGAGUGCCGAAAGCCGGAUCAGCGUACGUUUAUAGUUACGUAACGGUAGGAGAGUUUAUCGCCUUUGUCAUAGGAUGGAACUUGAUUCUGGAAUAUGUGAUCGGUACAGCGAGCGUUGCUCGAGGUCUCAGCAAUUAUAUCGACGCAUUGAUAGGAAACGUUAUGGGUAACGCUCUACGCUCCCUUAUGCCCAUCGACAUUUCUUUUUUGUCCGAAUAUCCUGAUUUCUUCGCUUUCGCGAUGGUCAUGUUGCUAAUGGUGCUACUUUGCGUGGGAGUGAGAGAAUCGACCAUCCUAAAUAACGUUUUUACCGUGAUAAACUUGCUAACUAUCACGAUCGUCAUUGUUGCGGGCUCGAUGAGAGCGGAUCCGUCAAACUGGUCGAUCGCAUCCGAGGAUAUUCCAAAUUCCGUGAAAAACGUCGCCGGCGUCGGUGGAUUCAUGCCGUUCGGCGUGAGCGGAGUGAUGGCUGGAGCGGCCAAGUGUUUUUACGGAUUCGUGGGAUUCGACACGGUCGCUACCACCGGCGAGGAAGCGAAAAAUCCUCAACGUCACAUUCCUCUGGCGAUCAUCUUGUCCCUCGUUAUCAUAUUCAUAGCGUACUUUGGUGUUUCCACGGUCCUAACGAUGAUGCUGCCUUAUUACGCUCAGAGCGCGGACGCGCCCUUUCCACACGUCUUUGACAAGAUCGGCUGGCCCAUCGUCAAAUGGAUCGUCAACGUAGGUGCGAUAUUCGCUCUCUGCACUAGUCUCUUGGGCGCCAUGUUCCCUUUGCCGCGCGUCCUAUACGCCAUGGCUAGCGAUGGUGUGAUAUUCAAGACUCUCUCCACGGUGCAUCCCAAAACUAUGACGCCUCUUUACGGCACGGUGCUCUCUGGUUUACUUAUCGGUCUCAUGACACUCGUCUUCAAUCUGCAACAAUUGAUCGACAUGAUGUCUAUUGGGACUCUACUCGCGUACACGAUUGUAGCGAUAUGCGUUUUGAUAUUAAGAUAUCAAAAGGAAGAAAACUCAUCUAGCGACGUUUCUACGAUAUUACCAACGAACAAUUACCAAUUUACACUUGUAAAUAUAUUCAAGGAUAUAUUCAAUUUGCACAAUCGAAAGGAACCAACGAAGCUUUCUAGCAGGAUUGCAAAUGUCGGCAUUGUCUUACUUUGUAUCGUUAUAUGUGUUAUCACGUUUUUGAUUAGUAACAUGGGCGCGCACUUAGUCGCAGGGAAUGUGGUGAUACUCGUGAUACUACUUGUACUCACGAUUGUUCUUUUCUUGAAUUUAGCAGCAAUUGGUAGACAACCAGUACGGAGCACUAAAUUGUCUUUUAAGGUACCUUUCGUUCCGCUCAUUCCGUGUCUCAGUAUUUUUAUGAAUGUAUACUUAAUGUUCCAAUUAGACAUCUUUACAUGGAUCAGAUUCGCCACUUGGUUGCUGAUCGGUUUCUGCAUUUAUGGAUUUUACGGAAUUGUUCACAGUGAACAAGGGAAGAGAAAUAAAGCAAAAAAUGAAGAGCUACAACAAAAAUAUGUAGAGAAAUUUAGGAUAGUGACAUCGUUUUGAUAAAAUCCUUUUUCUUUUGUGAAAAAAGACAAGUUUUCCGUAAAAUUCAUUUUACUAUAUUCGUAACGUAAGAGCAGCAAGAAUGAUAAAUCGUAUAACCGUCUGACGGUAAUUAAUAUUAUCUAAUUAAUAUAUAAUUGAAAAAUGUUUUUCCAUCAUAAACUUUUCAUCAUUUUAUAAGAACAUAAUAUGUACGUGUGUACACACAUACGCACACGCGCGCGCGCGCGCGCGCACGAAUGCUUUAAUAUUACAUAUCAAUAUAGGGAGACAAUUCAACUUUUUUAUUUUAGUUAUUUUUUUUUUAUGAAUUUCUAGUUAUAAUUCUUUUUUAACAAGAGUGUAAUUGAAUAUUACUCUUUUACAAUUUUUCAGUUACAUUUUUAGUACACUUGUACGUAUCAAUAAUCGUGACAAUAAUGAUAAUAUAAUAUAGUGUAAUAGCAAUAAUAAUAAUAAUAAUAAUAAUAAUAAUAAUAAUAAUAAUAAUAGCAACAGCGGUAGAUUACGAAACAAAAGCAAAGUUUAUUGUGAUAGUUAUUUGCUUAUAAAAUACAAAUAACUUGCGCUCUUUACAUCGAUAAAUAAAUAAACAAAGUAUUUUAAGGUAUACAAUGAUAUUUUUAAUAUAUUGGUAAUGUACAUAGUUAAUGGCUCUCCUACAGUCUUGACUUACUAAAAUCGUUUUACUACAUGCUUUUUAUCUUUACAAUUUAAUUAAACAUUAAUUAUAUGUAAGAAAAAAGUUACAACUAUUGUCACAGAGAUUUUAUUAAUAACAUCGAGCGCAUGGAUUAUAAUAAGAAUUUAUGUUUUUAUAUAUUUUAUAUAUUUUCGUUCACACAAAUUAGCGAAAGUAGCUAAUUUUAAGUAUUAUCAAGCAUUACCCAAUAAACAUUGUGUUACGCUCAUUGGAAUGUUUACACAAUCACAGAACAGUACUUAUAAUUUUAUCAUAUAUUUGUAAGCAUUUUGUGCUUUUUAGCUAGUCAUAAAUGCUAUUAUAUUUAUCUAUUAUUUGCCAUAUAUUUUAAAUGUACUAGAAAAAUAACAAAACGUUUACACAAUGAUAUUAUUAUUUUAUUGUGUAAAUAUAAUAAAUUGAUCCAAAUCUUAAGUAAUUCAGGAAAUAAUUUAAAUGAUAUAUAUGUAUUUUUAUGUAUAUCUUAUUUAAUGAAUACUAUACUUAACCCUCCGCUAUGAAAGACCAUCUAGGUCGCUAAAAGACGGUUGUUUUUUUCUAAGGAUUUUUUAAGGCUCUAAAAAAAUGUAAAAAAAUUCUAAUAUACUCUUUCAAUAUUAAUGAAUUACGACAUAAUUGUGUAACAUUGACCCAAAAUGCAUUUUAUUUUUUUGUCCAAAUGUCCGAAUUUGAGACAGAAUUUGCUGAAUGAUACAAGAUCGAAAAAUUGUUCGAGUCGUCUGCGGAGAGUUAAUUGUACCAUCUCAAUUUGUUUAACAUAUGUAUACCCAUUAUACCGAAGAAUAAUUUACAAUAUAAUAGUGCUAAGUAAUUUGCUUUAUACGUAUGAUUAUUGACUACAAAUUACCAAUGUUGUAUUAGUAUAGAUGUCUCUGUGUUCACACAUGUAUGUAUACACGUAAUGUUACACUUUACAAGGAAAUCACAAAAUUGUUAAUUAUUUCAUAUUACUAAAACUUGUAUUUUAAUACGAUUGCAAUAAAGAUUAUUUCGUUUUAUUUACAA